AGAGAAACUCUUACCUGACGGAAGAAGGAAACCUGUGCAGUCGAGUCAUAUUCCACUGAAAGCCCGUCCACUCCUCUUCUUCCCUCCCAUCAUAAUUCCACCUCUUUUCUUCUCAUAAUCUGAUCGGAACCAUCGCAAUUCGCUGCCCGGAUUGCCGGGUUUCAUCCCUCCAAUGGAUUUCCCCGAGCAAGAUGUAGAUAUAUUCGGCGAAGAGUAUGGAAACGACGACGACGACAACAACAACCACAACGACAACGACCAUGACCGCGAUGCUCCUGCCUCAUCUUCGCAAUCUUCUUCCUCUUCGGAUUCUUCCUCUUCUUCAGAUUCCUCAUCGUCUAAUGCUAGCGAUGGAGGCGAUAGCAGUAGUAGUGGGAGUGCGAGUAGUGCUGAAGAAGACGACCAGGAAAACGGCGGGGAAGUACAGCAAAAUGUGCACAGGGGUUCUUAUGGGUAUGAAGAUAGAGAUCUGUUUGGUUCUGAUAACGAGGAUUAUUGUAAGACACUUGCUGUUAGUCCUUUUUCAGUUCCAGUCUUACCUGCAAUAAGGAAUAACAACCACCAUGCUAGAGGAACAUUUGGUCGAGGUCGUUGGGGGAAUCAAAAUGAUAGAGGAUCAGGCCUCCUUCCACGGCCUGGACCUUAUCCUCAAAGGCAUGGCUUUGGUGGCUAUGGAUCAAAGUUUUCAAACGGCCGUCAUCAUGAUGAACGCUUCGUCUCAGAUAUGAAGCUUACUAAAAGUGAAGAAACACUGGCGAGAAAGUGUAUUGCUUUCCAGGAGCCUUGUGAGCUUGCUUGCUAUAGCCGUGUAGAAGGUGGAGAUGUCUACUUUGAUGACCGUAGUUUGAGACUGUUUAAGCGCUUUAUUACUGAGGAUAUUGGAGCUGAUUUGAAUGAAGGUUUUGACACUUUUAUUGAAAAGAAAGACUUAGGUUCUCAGGGUUUUGGUGACCUCCUUGGCUGCAUUAGGGACAAAAACAUCCCUCUUCAGAAUAUUCAUUUUGUGACUUUCCGCAACAAUCUUAACAAGAUAUUGGCUACUGCUUACAUUCGUCAUGAGCCAUGGGAAAUGGGUGUGCAUAAAAGAAAUGGUGUUGUAUACCUAGAUGUUCAUAAACUACCAGAAAGACCACAAAGUGAAAUGGAGCGUAGAAGGUGCUAUUGGGGUUACUGUUUUGAGAACCUUGCUACCGAGGAUCCUAGAAGAGGUAAUGGAGAAGGGAUCCAUCAUGUGGAUGCAAAUGCUGAAUAUUGUGCCGUGAUUAAAACAAAGUUAGGUGCUCAUCGCAUUCUGAUGGGUGCUGAAAUGGAUUGCUGCGAUUCAACUGAUGAGGGAAGGAGGUUUUAUGUUGAACUAAAGACAAGUCGUGAGGUUGACAGUAAUGAAACAAUUUUGGAUCAGCGUACUGAAGAAAGAUAUGAGAGAGAGAAGUUGCUUAAAUUCUGGAUACAAUCGUUCUUAGCUGGUGUACCAUAUAUCGUUAUUGGGUUCAGGAAUGAUGCUGGCCAACUUGUCCGGACGGAAAGAUUGAGAACCAAGGACAUCACACAGAGAGUGAAAAUGAAAAACUAUUGGCAGGGAGGAGUCUGUCUGGCCUUUGCUGAUGAAGUGUUAUGCUGGCUUUAUGGAACAGUCAAAGAAAAUGAAGAUUACAUAUUGCAAUUUGCACAUCCUUUCACUCGUUUAGAGCUUCUUCAAGCCUCUUCAUGCCCAGAUGCCAUCACUCAUCAUAUUGAGCUCUUGUAGUCAACUGAAAGAUUCCCUCUUCCCCUCCAAUUAAAGUGAAGUUGAAGACGCUUCAGCUCUCAAGGAAAAAAGCAAAAUAUUGUAUUACCAACAGACUCAGCCCCCCCACAGGAGAGAGAAUAAGAAGAAGAUAGAAGGGAAAAAGGAAAGAAAGAAAGAAAGAAAGAAAAGGUAAAGAAAAGAAAGAAGCAAGUAGCUUUAUUUUGCAUAGGUAUUAUAAUUAUAUGUUGAGUAGUUUGAUUAGGUGUUAUCAUGAGAUAUGAACUCCAACCCCAUUCUGAUUCCAUUGUCUUGUCUUUAGAAGAUUGGAGGUGAAUGCCUUAUAUAUCUUUUCUACAUCUUCUUUUUAUUUUUGAUAGUCCAAUUUUGUACUUUUGGUUAAUGUGCUGUAACCAUCAGUUUUUAUCAAUAGAAACGUUCACAUCCUUACCUUAA